AUGCCAAAUACAGUCAUUUGGUAUCGAUUUUGUUCGGUAUUUAUCAUGUUUAUUACAUGCCAUGAAAGCAUGAUUGCGUCAUCAACGAAUUCCAAUGAAAGCGUUGGUUCAUAUAAAAUUGAAGGACAAAUCUUUUUUCUACCUGGUGAUGAAGCUCUUGGUGAUAGUCGUGUACUAGUUAACGAAGGUGAAUAUAUCGGUAUUCCUCGAGUCGAUGGCACUUUUGUCAUAUCAGGUAUACCAAGUGGUUCGUAUGUUGUUUCGAUUAGUUCACCACGACACAUUUUUGAGCCAGCACGAGUUGAUAUAAGUUCUAGUGGAAAAAUUCGUGCACGUAAAGUUAACCUGGUUGAACCACAGAAAGUUGUUUUAGUAAAAUAUCCACUCCGUUUUGAUACAUAUACCAAGCCGAACUAUUUUAAAAACCGCGAAGUCUAUCAUUGGACUGAUAUUAUUUUCAAUCCAAUGUUGGUUCUAAUAGUUGUAGGAGUUAUUUUAUUUUAUUUUCUACCUAAAUUAGUUCCACCAGAACAAGAGGUACAGCAAAUAUUUCAACAAGCGAACAAUGUGUUCCAACCAAACUUGAAUAUGCCUGAAAUUGCUGAUCGGUUUGCUCGUUGGUUCGGUGGACCCAGAAGACAACGAAGAACAAGUCAGCAGUCGAUUGCCCACGAUAACACAGAUCUCGAUGGCACACGACGACAGCAAAAAAAAAGAAAAGCACUAAAGCGAAAAAACUAA